AUGUCACUCUGGGGAAGAUACAGAAUGAGACCUAAUCUUACCAGCCAUACACUACGACCUUUCUCUGUCCUCAACCGUCCAGAGGUAAAUUAUCCUGGUCAUGUUCCAUUAACGACCAUUGAGCGAGGUGCCCUCGCCUUAGGUUCAGCAAUUGGGUCUCUGGUCAAUCCUCGAAGAGCAGACCUCAUUGCAGCCCUGGGCGAAGCCACUGCAACCCCAUACUUCAUCUAUCGCCUUCGCAAUGCCAUGCUUUCUGACCCAACAGGCCGCCGGAUCCUUCGCGACCGCCCUCGCAUUACAUCCAACACGCUUCCACUCUCCCAUCUCCGUACACUUCCCGACAAUUCGGUUGGUCGAACAUACGCCAAAUGGCUCGACCGUGAGGGCGUGACACCCGAUACCCGUGACCAGGUUCACUACAUUGAUAACGAAGAGUGUGCCUAUGUCAUGCAGAGAUACCGUGAGUGUCACGAUUUCUACCAUGCGGUAACGGGACUUCCAAUCUUUGUAGAGGGCGAGCUAGCGCUCAAGGCACUAGAGUUUCUAAAUACACUUUUGCCCAUGACAGGAUUGAGCUUGUUUGCGUUUAUUCGGAUGAAACCUGCUGAGAAGGAGCGAUUUCUCUCGUUGCAUCUGCCUUGGGCGGUGCGAAGUGGACUUGGGAGUAAGGAGUUGAUCAAUGUCUACUGGGAAGAGGUGCUGGAGAAAGAUGUUGAUGUGCUUCGGGCAGAGCUGAAUAUCGAGCGCCCGCCAGAUCUGAGGGAUAUUAGGAAAAUGAUUCGGCAACAGCAGAAACGUGAGAAGCAACAACAGCAGGUGUCAGUUUGA